CUCCAAAAGAUACACUACCGAGCAGAGUGGAUGGAGUAUUGGCAGCUUUACGGUGCCACGCUAUUCGGAUAGCCAAAGCACAAGGAGACUUUGCAUCUUUGUGAAAGCAUCCAUUUCACGGAGGCAACACUCUGAAGCGGUGGGAGGCGGGGAACGCUGCCUUUUUUUCCCUUUUCCUCCGACCUCAGAAGUCAUUUUCUUGGAGCGGGCUGGCUCUCCUUCUCUCUCUCGUCCUUUUUUUGCGGACACACGCAGACCGGCAAGGUGUUUCAUAACCAGCUUGUUUACUAGCGAAGAGCUCCAAUUCCGACGAGAGGAAUAAAACGGACGUUUCAAGUUUUCCUGGAAGUUGCGCUUCGACCGAAAAACAUGGGAAUUUGUGGGUUUUGGACGGUGUCUGGGAAAUGCCUCGUCGUCCUCGGACUUAAAUUGUUAUUCCUUGUACCUGCAGGAGUUCCGGCCAGAAGCGGUGAUUCCGUAUUAAAGGACAACAUCACCGUGAGACAAGGAGACAGCGCCGUCUUAAAAUGCAGUGUGGACAGUAAAGUGUCACGAGUGGCAUGGCUCAAUCGCACCACCAUUCUUUUUGCAGGAAAUGAGAAAUGGUCGCUGGACCCUCGUGUAAUACUGAUGGAAAAUACAGCGGUUACAGAAUACAGCAUCAAGAUCCAAAAUGUGGAUGUGCACGAUGAGGGACCCUACGUUUGCUCCAUCCUUACCAAUAAGAAACCAAAAUCCAUAAAAGUGCAUCUCGUUGUUCAAGUUCCUGCUCGGAUCACAAAUAUAUCGAAGGACAUCGCAGUAAAUGAGGGCAGCAAUGUCAAUCUCAUGUGCUUCGCAGCGGGUCGACCAGAGGCGAACAUUAUGUGGAGGCAUCAUUCCCCGAGAGGCACACAUAAAUUUGUAACAGAAGGAGAGCAUCUGGAGUUGACAGCCAUCACCAAAGAGCAGUCUGGAUCGUACGAGUGCAUCGCCUCUAAUGACAUCUCAUCCCCUGAUGUUCGGACAGUGCAGGUCACAGUCAACUAUCCACCCUUAAUUUCUAAGGCAAGGGGUACGGGUACUGCAGUUGGACAAAAAGGAGUCCUUCAAUGCGAAGCCUCGGCUGUCCCCUAUGCAAAUUUUGAGUGGUACAAAGAAGAUCGCAGGCUUUCCAAUGGAAUCAAUGGGAUUAAGAUCGAAAAUCAAGGCAAACAGUCGAUGCUCAUCUUUUUCAAUGUUUCGGAAGAAGAUUACGGAAACUACACGUGUGUUGCCAUGAACACCAUGGGGAUCACUAAUGCCAGCAUAAUUCUUUAUGGUCCCGGUGCAAUGCAUGAUGUCAAUGGGGCAGCUGUUUUACCCCGAUUCUCCUUUUGCCCCCUGCUGAUGAUGACCUUGCUCUACCUGCUGAAGUUCUGACAACCUCCAAGCUUCACUCUGCAUUGAACAGACUGUUUGCUCUGUAAAAAAAAAAAAAGAAUGAAAACUAGGAGUGCCCGUGAUUCACCUUUUUGUUUUGAGGUCUUUUUUUUUUAUUAUUUCAAUUGUUUUGCUCUUUUGUAUUGGAAUCUGCUCUGGAUGGGAGUCAGUCCAAUGAAGGGAAUCAUGAACUAAUUUUAAUGCUGAUAGAAGUACUGAGUUUGUGUAUCCCCCAAUUUUUUGUAUGUGAAACGGGAAAAAAAAAACGAGUAAUUGUUAAUAGUUGACUGUUUCUUGCCUAAUAUUGGAGUGCACAUUCUGAUGAUUAUUGUGUAAUGUCUAUGUGUACAAUGCAACUUAACUUUUUUUAAGUAAACGAUGAAAGGGAAAUGUGAUUGUUGAAUCUGACUGUAUUUUUACAGUUGUAUGCAAAACAGAAUACGACAUUCUUCAUGAUAAGCAGUUCUAAAUGAAAACACAAUGAAUUCUCAGGCGAGUCCUACAACAUAAUGCAUCGAAAUUGUAAUUCACAUUAGACUUUAGAAACUGUACCAAUCUAUACAGAAGAAGAAAAAAAACCUGUUUGCUUUAGAUGUUUUGUUCAUGGUGUGUUUUCUCUCUGCAGGGGUGUGCAUUGAAGAUGUAUGUAUGUUUAUUUGAGGUUAUUUUGCAUUGCAGCUGAUGUGAUAAGUUGUCAAAUAGUCCCAUUUACACAGAAUUCACAGUAUGCAAACCCAACGUAACAAAUGCAGAAUUUUCUUUUGUUUCAUAUAAAAAAAAAUAAGAGUGGUCACAAAAAAAUGUUGAUUGUUGUGAAUCAUACGCUAUGAAUGUUACAAUCACCAGAUUUAGGACACAUUGUGAAAACCCGAAUCAUCUGAAGAAAAAAAAAAGUACUCCAAAUCAGAAAAUAAAUAGCACAAUAGCUUAUACUAUAUCAAUACAAACAAUAUAAAGCUUUUGAUGAACUGGGUUAAAUAUGUUUUUUUCUGUAAUAAAGGGACAAAGACACACUGAGAUAGAGUUGUACACUCAAAUACGCUCCUAUUGGGCUUUUUUUUUAAUCAAAAAAUUGCACUUUCAAGCCCAAAACAAGAAUACAGUAGAUCCCCGCUUUUCUGUAGGGAUACAUUCAGGACCACCGGUGAACGGCAAAAAUCUACAAGUACCGUAUUUUCCGGACUAGAAGUCGCUCCGGAGUAUAAGUGAAAACAACAAAAAUAACCAAAGGCGGAAACGAAAGACAAAUAAAUUGUUGGUAAACGCGAGGUACCUCUGUAAUGUGGAAGUGGUUUCAAUAAUGCCGAUGUACGUCUAGUAGGCAAGUGAUUCGACCAUAUAUGAGCUUCACGGCUCAUUUCAAGUCGUCCCGUCUCGAGACUUUUGUUUUUUUCCAAUUUUUCCAGGAAUGGGACUUAGAUGAGAAGAAACUUGAAAAUUCCUGUGGAAAUUUUGAUGGGCAUGCCACCCAUUCUGUGCACCUCAGGCCCGGUGUCUGCUGUGCCACGCAAUGCCAUGUGUAGAUUACACAAGGAAUUUAGCAAAACAGCUAACAUGCUAACUGUUAGCACGCCCAUAACAAGUGACAGUUGAUCUAAUGCUAUGAAAGCAGCUACCCUCAACAACUGGAAAAAUCUACAAGUACUGUAUUUUCCAGACUAGAAGUCGCUCCGGAGUAUAAGUGAAAACAACAAAAAUAACCAAAGGCGGAAACGAAAAGAUGAAUAAAUUGUUGGUAAACGCGAGGUACCUCUGUAAUGUGGAAGUGGUUUCAAUAAUACCGAUGUACGUGGAGUAGGCAAGUGAUUCGACCAUAUAUGAGCUUCACGGUUCAUUUCAAGUCGUCCCGUCUCGAGACUUUUGUUUUUUUCCAGUUUUUACUUACUUUUUACUCAAAAAUUCCUGUGGAAAUUUUGAUGGGCAUGCCACCCAUGCUGUGAACCUCGGGCCCGGUGUCUGCCGUGCCACGCAAUACCAUGUGUACAUUACAUGAGGAAUUUAGAAAAAAAGUUACCAUGCUAACUAUUAGCAUGCUAGCACGUUAGCAUUGCAGAGCGUGCCCAUAACAAGUGCCAGUUGAUCUAAUGUUGUGAAAGCAGCUACCCUCAACAACUGGAAUAGACUGGCUAGCUUUGGACACUCCCUACACAGUGCCUGACAUAAAUACGCUUGCUUUUAAUUAAUUAAUAUUUUCAAUAAAUUAUAUAAGGUUAAGGUGUGCAGCUUUUUAUACAAUACUCCGCAGAAUUAAAUUAUAUCGUCUCAUAAUAAUACAUACCAAAAAUAUUUUAAGGUCCAUAUCACCCAACACAUGUAAUUAUCCACCACUAAUCAGAGUCGCGGUGUAGAAGUGUAUGUGUGUAUAUAUGUUUCCCUUUUGCAUCUGAGGUGCGUUCAAGGCUCGUCGGACAAAGAAUCAAACACAUUUAAAGUAUAAAAUAUAUACAUGUAGUUAUCCACCACUAAUCAGAGUCGCGGUGUCGGAGAUUAUGUGUGUAUAUAUGUUUAAAUUUUGUGUCUGAGGUGCGUUCAAGGCCCGUCGGGCAAAAAAUCUCAAAGCUCGACUAAAAAAAAAAAACACACAUUAAGAUGUAAAAAUGGUCAACUUUUUUUAAACACAAUGGUGCAUGUAUGCAGUACAUUUUACCUCUAUUAAAUAUGUGAACAUUUUACAAUAUUUUUUUUUUUUGGACCAAAUAUACGCAAAUUUUGGGGGGCCGCGAAUGUGUGGGGAUCCACUGUAUUCUUCGAGUAAUCAAAUAAUUGUGAAUGAAUGUACUAUCUACCCAGUCCAUAUGCUUUUCCACUUUCCUGAAUGCGCAUUUUGUGCAUGUUUAACCCAAUUUGACCCAAAUUGUUUUGAAUUAUUUUGGGGGGUUUUUUGCUACAUUUUCAUGCUGCAUCUAUUGCGCAAUGGACAAAAAUUAAUUUAGCUGAGAUGGUGUUUCAUGAUGCAAUGUUAUGAUACCGUCCACACCUUCAAGUUAGUGUGUUAAGGUCGAAAACUGGUGCAUUUGGGAAUGUUUUCUUGUCAUAAUGUUUUCCGCGUCACCAGACAUGGACAUCCAGACAGCAGUUCGGGUUGGAUGUGGUGCUUUUGUCUUAAAGAGCAGGUCAAUUAGAAUUAAACUAAGUUAAUAUUGUUAUCAAAUAAAAACUGGUACUGGCAUUAACUUAAAGUUUUUAUACAUAUGGUAACAUCAACAAUGAGCUUAUUUAUUUUAAUUUGUGUAUGUACUCAGACUAUGCUGUUUUAUCAUCCUUAAUGCAUAACUCUGAUUUUUUUGUUUUCAUUUUUUUUUACCCUUUUCAGAGGAUGUGCACUUUUAUGGCUUAAUUGCUAAACACCUGUACGUUUAAUGACAUUGCUGGAGCUUACAAUAGUCACUAUUGUGGUAUAUUGUCAUUGUAUCAUUUUAUUGAAAAUUGUCCAUAAACGUGUUAAGUGGGAACUCAAGUCGCCUCGUAUUUGUUCUGAUACCAACUUUCUGUUCUUGGCAGUACAUUGGCUUUUCCCAUAAAUUCCAUAAGCCGCUACUUUUUUUUUUUGUUUAACGUUGAACUCUGCGGCUUAAUACAGCAGUGUUGCUAAUCUACGGCUAAAUUGUAAUCACUGUACAUCUCAUGUAUACAUCAGAACUACUAAUUAUUUAAAUACUUGCCACUUGUGAGUCAGUGAUGAAGCGGUAGCUCUUUAUUUGGCAGGCGCCAAUCAAGAGCCCAUUGCAAUACGCAGGAAAUCAGCAUGCAUAACAGUAACACAAUAGUCUGACUCACGGUGGCAUCCCAUCCGAGAACAACACAAAAUUCAUCACACAACAACUGAACUAUACAAACACGUACCAAUACAAGUUGAAUAGUUUUCCCAUCAGGCUUUGUGUCUGAGCAACGUAUUUUUAGAUGUGCUGCAUUGACGUCAGCCUCCCUCUCUCAUCUGGCAGUAAUGCAUUACAAUUAGAUGUUAAAAUAGCUGCUGUUUGCCAUUUUAAACUCAUAUCGGUACUUGAAACAUAUAUUUUUCAGGUACCCUUUAAGUGUUAAGUUGCUGUGUGGUGAGUUUAUUUAUUAUUAUUAUUUUUAUUUUAUUUUUUAUAGCUCAUGAAUGGCUCCUGUCAAAUAAAGAGCUCCCUGGUCCUCAUGUAGGCCGCAACAACAAAUUUUAUGACAUGGACAUGUGUG